GGGAGCCGCACUGUCGAGCGACAGGCGUAGUUUAGAAGACGGCUGUCGUUGCUCAGGAAACGAAAUGGCGCAAGAGAGUAAAGGGAAAGGAAAGGAGAGGAAGAGAGAACGGGAGGAGUAUUAGGAGUGGAAAUAAAUUUGAAAAUGGAAGAAUGAGAAAGAAGAGUAAUGGUAAAAAUGGUGAAGUCUCUUGUAGAACAGUAUGAUGGAAGGAAUGGGAAAGGAAAGUCCCUUGAGCUGCAGAAGACCCUUCCUAUGGCUUAACCAUACAGAGAACAAUGCGCACCCCUGCUUCUGGAAAUUUUCAGACUGCUUCUCUUCCUAUGAUCAGCCAAUCCCUUUCUCUAAAAAAACGACAGAUUACAUGGAAAACAGAAAACCAGUGCUGGAACUGAAGGAUGUCCCACCCCCUCCUCACCAUGCUGCCUCUAAUCCCUUUCCUGCUCUUCCUAUCCCUGGUUCCGCUUCCUGCUUUCAGUCAGCCCAGCAGGAAUCCCCAAGAAAGCUGCACCCGCAGCCAGAUGGCCCCCAAGUAAGCGUGUGUGCUCACUGUGAGGGGAGCCGACAGGUUCAGCAUGGUGGCAGCAGUGCUGGCCUUUUCAACAAUAUUGGUGGUGGUAGUAGUAGUACUGGUGGCGGUGGUGGUACUGGUUGUGGAGUUUCACUGCACAUUAACAAACCUCUGGACACUUUAAACAGCAGUACCACUGGCACAAUCACUUGUCAGGUGGGCUCAACCAUUAACCCCCCUCUCCAUUCUUUGAGAGACCCCUACCCUCGGAUUCAUGGAGCAGGCUGUGAGAUGCCACACCACACUGGAGCAUCAUCUCAGUCUCUGGGCACCCAGCAGCAUUUACCCUGCUGUGCGGGCCUCCUAAGUCAACUGCAUCCCUUUUCCUCUAAAUCCAGCUCCUUCGGCCCAUCCAGUCUCCACCUGCCAUUGUCCUCUGGAGUACUCCCUUCUCAUAGUGGCCAUGUGGCACACACUGGUUGCUAUUCCUGUGAAAGAGAAUUUGUUCCAGGGGCUAGGUUGGAGCCGCUGUACUCCACACAUGAUGAUCUGCCUACCACCACACUCCUUUGUGCUAAUCCCUUGCACAUGAAUGCUGAGCACACACUCUUUCUGAAGGGCACGCACUACUGUAGAGACUGCUUGAGGAAGCCUGCCAGACCACAAGUUUCGGAUUCUGUGAAAGUAUGGCCCAACAUUCCCCCUCCAUCAGCACAGUCUGCACCUAUCCCCAUGUGUAAUGGUUGUGGAGUACCUGGAACUGCAGCAGAUGGAGUGCUGCUUUUGGGAUCAAGUCUUGGCAAAGAAACACAAAAAUAUGGGUCCCCAGACCUUAGUGCACAGGAGAAUCUGCCUCCAAUUGGCGUGUUCUGGGAUAUUGAAAACUGCUCCGUCCCAAGUGGCCGUUCUGCAAUGGCUGUGGUGCAGCGGAUUCGUGAACGAUUCUUUAAAGGACACCGAGAAGCAGAAUUCAUUUGUGUCUGUGACAUCAGCAAAGAGAACAAGGAGGUUAUUCAGGAGCUUAACAACAGCCAGGUGACCGUGGCCCACAUCAACGCCACUGCCAAGAAUGCUGCCGAUGACAAGCUGAGGCAGAGCCUGCGCCGGUUUGCGGAUACACACACUGCACCAGCUACCGUGGUGCUUGUGUCUUCUGAUGUCAACUUUGCCAGUGAGCUGAGUGACCUCCGUCACAGGCAUGGCUUUCAGGUGAUUUUGGUGCACAAGAAUCAGGCAUCUGAUGCACUUCUGCAACAUGCAAACACCCACGUAACCUUUGAGGAUUUUGUUUCGGAUUUACCCCCAAGAGUUCUGGUUAAGGUGCAGCCUUGUAACACCCUGCUGUACAUCUACAACCUGCCUGCUAACCGGGAUGGGAAGAGUGUUAGCAACAGGCUGCGGCGUUUGUCGGAUAACUGUGGUGGCAAAGUACUGAGCAUCUCUUCAGGUAUUGCCAUCCUCCGCUUCAGCAGUCGGGAUGCAGCAGAACGAGCCUUCAAGCGGAUGGAGAAUGAAGAUGUCUUUGGGAACAAGAUCAGUGUUUCAUUUAUCCCCCCUGCCAAAGUCGGUCCCGAGGUAGAGCCAGGUAAUGGCCCAGCAUCUUCUAGCUGCUCUUCUUCCUCUCAGGCUGCAGAGAAGCCAAGAUCCCCAAAGCGGGUAGGCCGUACUACAAGAUUGUGCCAGAACAACGGAGAUCCAACUGAUGAGCAGUCCUACAGUCCUCGGAAAGGUGCCAAUUCUGGAAAUGGCUCAGCAGGGAAGAACAUUCGAGUUAAAAGCCUGCAGGAACUUUGUACUCUUGAAUCCAAACAAAAACUGAAUAAAGAGCUGGACAGGAAAACAAGAAAUGAGACCCCCUCACCCCAGACAGACUUGGAACCUACCAGUGGCGUUUCUGUGGGCAGCAAAUGUGCUGCAGGCAUUGGGGAGCAGUCUUUCAGAGCGAAGAGACGUGACUGUUCAACACCUCGUAGCAUAACCGACUCCCCUGUGGAGAGAACAGACAAGACAUCGAUUGGUUCUAUCGGAUUUCAUAUCAGCACCCCUUCAGCCUUCAGUAAGCUCACCCUGCAAAGAACAACAAGCCCUCUGGUACUGUCUCAGGGCUCCUGGUCUUCCCGAAGUGGAUCUCCCUCCCUCUCUAAUCGCUCUUCUCCAGCUGUCCCUACUUUGAAUAGUGCAUGUCCUGAUCCUUUUUCCAGUGGAAUGGACAUCCAUGUGACCAACCUAGACUACAGAAUGUCCCGUAAGGAACUGCAUCAGGUCCUACAUGAUGCGUUCUCAAAGUAUGGUCAGGUGGUGAGUUUGGAACUGAGCCCUCACACUGACUACCAGCUCCGUGCAAGUGUGCAGAUGGGAACUCUUCAGGAAGCGAUCAGUGCUGUCAGCGGGUUACAUCGCUACAAAAUGGGAAGCAGACGCAUCCAAGUGUCUCUUGUCACAGGCACUAAUAAAUCUCUCUCCCUCCUCAGCUCUGAAACUGUCAGCAUUCUGCAAGAUGCCCCAGCUUGCUGUCUGCCUCUCUUCAAAUUCACUGAGAUUUAUGAGAAAAAAUUUGGACGCAAAUUGGCAAUCUCUGACCUGUACAAGCUGACUGAUGUUAUGGCUGUGCGAGACCAAGGAAAUACCAGGUUGAUUUGUCUGCUGCCCAGCAGUCAGGCAAGGCAGAGUCCCCUUGGUUCCUCACUGUCGCAUGAUGGAUCAUCUGCCAACUGCAGCCCUGUGGUUUUUGAGGAGCUUGAAUAUCACGAGCCAAUCUGCAAGCAGCACAGUACUAUGCAGAGUUUCAGUGAAAGCGACUUUGAUCCUGACUCCUAUAAAAUCCCCUUUGUGGUUCUUUCCUUGAAAAGUUUUGCUGCACAAGUACACAGCCUUCUUCAAAGUCAUGAGGGGACUCUCCCAUUGUUGAGUUUCCCAGAUUGCUAUGCUUCAGAGUUUAGUUCUCUAAAUCUUGUGGAGGAGGGAGAAGGAGUGUCUUUGGAGCACCUAAUUACCUGCAUCCCAGGAAUCAAUAUUGUCACUGCUCAGAAUGGCAUCAAAGUAGUCAAGUGGAUACAUAACAAACCACCCCCACCAAAUUCUGAUGCUUGGAUUCACCGCUGUAAAAGCCCCAUUGGCAACCCACAAUUGAUUCAGUUUAGCAGGGAAGUUAUUGACAUGAUGAAAAACCAGCCUAGCUGUGUUAUACCCAUCAGCAAGUUUAUUCCCUUGUACCACUACCACUUUGCCAAGCAGUGCCGAGUUUCUGACUAUGGCUACUCAAAGCUGCUGGAGCUCCUUGAAGCUGUUCCCCAUGUCUUACAGAUCCUGGGGAUGGGCUCCAAGCUCAUGCUGACUCUAACACACCGUGCCCAAGUGAAGAGGUUUACACAAGAUCUACUAAAGCUGCUCAAGUCACAGGCCAGCAAGCAUGUUGUGAUUCGAGAUUUUGUACAAGCCUAUCACUGGUGCUUCUCCAAAGACUGGAAUGUGAUCAGUUAUGGAGUGUGUGAACUGAUGGAUUUGCUAACAGAAAUUCCAGAUACCACAGUGUGUGUGUCUCAGCAGGAUGGUGAUGUGGUAAUAUCAAUACCCAAGAAAGAGCGCACCCAGGAGGAGUUGGAGAGGACAAAACAUUUUGCCAAAGAGGUGGUCGAUCUUUUGAGACACCAGCCACACUUUCGCAUGUCCUUCAGCAAGUUCAUUCCCUCCUACCACCAUCACUUUGGACGCCAGUGUAAACUGACCUAUUAUGGGUUCAAUAAGCUUCUGGAACUUUUUGAGGCAAUACCAGAUGUGCUGCAGGUUCUCGAAUGUGGAGAAGAGAAGAUUCUUGCCCUGACUGAGGUGGAAAAGGUGAAAGCUUUAGCCGCCCAGCUCGUAAAGCUGCUUCGCUCACAGAAGGACAACAGUUUGCCUGUAACAGACUUGAUCACUGAGUACUGCAAGACCUUUGGCUAUGGACUGAGGCUUCAGGAUUUUGAUGUUAGCUCAGUAUCGGCACUACUUCAGAAGCUGUGUCAUGUAGUCAAGGUGGUGGACACCCUGGUUGGCAGAGAGGUCCAGUUAAUAAACAGAAAGUCUCUGCGCUCUUUGACUACCCAGCUGCUGGUUCUCCUCAUGUCCCACACUAGCCCCUCAAGUUCCCUGAGCCUGAACCAGCUGAUUGCACAAUAUGAGUUCACCUAUGGAAGUCCCCUCAACCCAUGCGAGUAUGGCUUUGUUUCUCUGGGUGAGCUUCUAAAAAGCUUGCCCAAUCUAGUAGAGGUUUUUGUGAAUGAAGAAGAGGGUUGUCCUCCAGAGGAGUGUGUAAGAUUGACUCGGCUCUAUGAGUUUGCCCGUAGUGCUCGUGCUCUUCUGCACACUUACCACUACCAACAGAUUUUUUUAAGCGAGUUUCCCAGUGCCUUUUGCAAGUACACUGGUAAAGCACUUCAUGCCCGUACCUAUGGGUAUACUACGAUGGAGGAGCUCUUGUGUGCCAUCCCUCAGGUAGUCUGGAUAAAAGGUCAUGGACAUAAGAAAAUAGUAGUCCUUAAAAAUGAUAUGAAAGCUCGCACCAGUCCAUUGUGCCUUCCUGCAGAGAAGACCACCAUCAUUGUCAACAGCCGUGGGCAGAAAUCUUCAGACGUUGAUGGCUUGGCCCAACCUAGUACUCCAAGCUCAGGUUCAGGCCAGACCGACCCCGAGUUGAUGUGCUUAAGUGGGAGCUCCCCUGUGGACCUGCUGUGCGGGCCCGUUCCAUCUUGUCUACCCUCCCCUCAGUUGCAUCCUGACCCAGUUGUCUUGGAGCAUAUUGACCUCAUUCGCUUUGAGGAACAGCCCAGUCAAAUCACAGGCAUGCUGGUCCUUACAGAUGAUGAGAAAAUUCUAGGAGUAGCAGCAACCACCAUUGGCUCAGAUGCUCCACCUCUGGACACUGUUUUUACUGGCAGCAUCAGUGACCCUCGAGUUUCCCUGCCACCUAACCACGAGUCAACUGAGACUCUCAAAACCGUUGUGACUGAAAGCCCAGCCAAGAGGUCAUCUCGAAGCAAAGUGAAGCUGGCGGCCAAUUUCUCUUUCACACCUGUCACCCGACUUUAGCUUUCUCAUCUGUGCUCUUUGUCUGUCUUUUUGCCUCGUGCUUGCCUGCAUUUAGACAUUGUUUUUUUUUUUCCUAUUUUCUAACGGCUCUAGGCUAGUUAGCAAGACUGCCGGGUUUUCUGGAUGUGAAGUCUUAAGGGAGCUUUAUGCUAAGAUCUCUUACAGAUUUCUGUGUGUGUGGGAGUUUA